GAGAGUGAGAGAUGUUGGGCCCCGCUGCUCUGAGCUCUUCAAUGAAAACCACAUGUAGGACAGAAGGAGGGGGUGAGGUGUGUGUGCAUGUGUUGGAGGGAGGGGGGUUAAUGUAAUGACUAAAAACCCAGCCUCCAAGACAGAGUGGAGGGAGUCACUCCGAGCUCCGCUGACAUUCCCAACAAGCAUUGCAGGGGAGAAACAACUGUGUGAUAUAUAACGAAAAAACUAGUGAUUGCGUGUGUGUGAAACUACUGGAGGAGGCUUUAACAGAGCAACACACACAUAAUUUUGAGCUCUGGGCUUCGGCAGGACAGAGAGCUGCCUUCAGUGUGGAGGUGAAAAGUGAAAAGAAGAAGAAGAGGAGAGAAAAUUGUUCUCAGUGGCCGGUGUGAUCUGUUUUAUUUCUACCAGAGGGCGACCACAAGAAGAAGAAUUAGUAGAAGAAGAAAAGAAGUCAACAUGUCCAACGCUCUGCUGAGGAGAAACUCCAGUAAAAAGGGUUUACAAAACCUGAUGAGGCUGACAGCUCAGAGGAGCAUCGAGGAUGCUGAGGAGGUGGAGAGGGAGCGUCGACGACGAGCGCGGGAGGCCUCGCGCUGGACGAAUGGCGGCUCGUCGCCUGGAGAGCUUUCACCGGAAAACGAGACGCCGGCAGAAGAGAACAUGUACGAUGGUGACCUGAAGCCGAAUAACUCCCUGUCUUUGGAGGAGGACGAAGGCUUCAGCGACUGGACUCAACGCAGAGAAAGACGGAGGCAGCAGCGCCUGCAGGAGCUCAACCAAGGAGGCGAAGAGGAUGAGGGUGAAGAGGAGGUCACAAUAAACAAAGAUACGUCUGUAAAGACCGCCCAGGCCUCAAUAACGUCCCCCAGCUGCCUCCAGAGACAAGAGCAAGUAGAGGAGGACAGGAACAAGAUGGAGAUGGAGAUGGAGAUGGAGAGGAGAAAGGAACGUGAGGAGGAGGCAAUUCGAGCUGAGAGGGUGAGGAGGGAGAAAGAGAGGGAGGAGGAGGACAAGAGGAAAAGAGAUGAGGUGAUGACCAGGAGGAAGGAGGAGAUCCAAAGGCCAAAUACAGAGGUGGAGAAAAGAAAAGAAGUUAAAAUCUCCUACACGUCAAAGGUUUUCCUACACCAAGAGCCGAAACACAACAACACCAAUGGAGACACAACCAAUGAGGAAGUGACAUCAUACAGGAGCAACAAGACAAAAAGGUCCACGAGCAGAGCCAUGGAGCCAGAGGAGGCGGAGGCCAUCCUGGAGACAGAGCAGCGUCUGGAGAAGAUCCGGCAGAGCCUCCAGCAGAAGGAGAGCCAGGAGCUGGAGCAGCUGAGACACAGACAGGCCGAGGCUGAGCAGGAGCUGGAGGAGCUGAAGAAAAGGAGGGAGGAGAGACGUCGUGUCCGGGAGGAAGAAGAGCGUCGGAGGGAGGAGGAGGAGCAACAACGGCUGGCCAAAGAGGAGGAGGAGAAACGGCGAAUGAAGGAGGACAUCGAGAGGAGGAGGAUGGAGGCAGCAGAGAGGAUGAAGAGCCUGAGUACAUCCAGCGUGGAUGGAGAUGAGAUAUUCAGUCCCUUCAAAGCUCCCACACACAAGAUCACAGAGAGGACGGAGUCGCUGAACCGCUCACUGAAGAAAAGUAACAGCUUCAAGAAGAUGCAGCCGCUCGUCCUGCUGCCCAAGAUCGAUGACAAGAUGGAGCAGUACGCCCAUGCUGUGGAGAAUUCCCAGGAGGUCAGGACAGUGAAGGCAUCACUGGCAGACCUGCCCAGCUCACCUGAAGUUGUCGCCUCCAAGAAAAACCUGUUUGAAGCUGGAGAAGCCUGGAGUCAGAGUCCCACAAAGGGAGCAACCUGCAAGGACACUGAGGGCCUAAAGGUGGGCGUGGCUGACCUGAUCACUCAGUGGGUGAAGGGACCAUCUGAUGGCAGCAGACAGUCGAUCAGCAAACCAUCAGAUGUGAAGCCUGGAGAUGUGAUGCAGAAGAAGAACAUGUGGGAGGGGAUUGGAGACUCAUCAGGGCGGCCCGGGCAAAGAGUCAAGGGUUCAGUGGCUGGUAAAAAGUACAAAUUUGUCAUUACUGGUCAUGGCAAAUAUGAGAAGAUCCCAGUGGACGAUGAGGACACAGGAGAGUUCAUGAACGGAAAGUCUGAUUUAUAUCAUGAUUACUGAGACGGCUUCAUUUCUUCAGGUGGUUUCAACCUUGAGCUCACAAAAACAUCUAUUGGCUACAAAGACAUUGAACAGAAGCAGCAGUUACAGAAUAUUUCAUUUAUAUCCCAUUAAAACAAUUUUUCUGAUUCAUCUCACAUGAUGAUCAAACUCCAGGAUCCAACAGAGUUGAUCAUCAAUUAUCUAUAUUGUUCAAUUUCCUUUUUGCAUAUGUCUCUUCGACCUUCUGUUUCUUUUAUUAUGUAUAUAUCUGACUGUGAGCUUUAAUGUUUCUGUAUUCUUCUCCACUACAGUAUUUAGGUGAAUCAUUCCUAAUGUCUGCUUGAUCAUUGUAUGAUGGUGUGUAGGAAAACUUAAAUGUCUUUUGAAUAGAAAAAGUUUACAUUUUCCAAUCAUGUAGAAUUAAUGGAUCACACUUUGUGGCGUUAUCUACUCUGCACUUAAACAUUGGCUAAAGAACAAUCUGAAAUAGUUGACAUACUUUGUCAAAAAAUGUGUUUCAGAGUUCAUAGUGAGGAUGAUGAUCAUAUGUUGGCUUACUUGGUCCAUGUACCCAAAGUAGAGGAUAUUGAUUUAGUAUCUGUUACAUCUCAACAACCUUUAUCAUGCAGAUCUAUACAAUUAAACUCUUUUCCUGUCUAUGUUUUUUUAUCAGCUCUGUCUAUGUACUACUGCAGACAUGUUUCACCUUUAAUAUCCACUUACUGAGAUUUCUGAUUGUAUGUGUUUAUAACUCUUUUUCUCAAAUAAAUUAAAAUAAUUUUCUAAAUUUU